UUCCGCUUGUUCACCAAACAAAACCGAAGCCACACUCCACCGCUCUCCUCCCCAAUCAGCUAUGCUCGCCCACCGCUUCCUCCUCCUCGUCGUCGUCGCCGCGGCUGCGGCGAGCGGCAUCGCCUCCGCUAAGCCGACGGCGUACGAAGCCCUCGCCGACUACGACUUCCCCCCGGGGAUCCUUCCCAAGGGCGUGGUCGCCUACACGGUCGACAACGCCACGGGCGCCUUCACGGCCACGCUCGAUGCCUCCGCGUCCGGCGCGGGAUCCUCCAUCUGCGAGUUCUCCAUCGAGGGCUCCUACUCGCUACGCUACCAGACCAAGAUCACCGGCAAGAUCUCCCCCGACCACCUCACCGACCUCCAGGGUGUCUCCGUCAAGGUCCUCUUCUUUUGGCUCAACAUCGUCGAGGUCACCCGCCAUGGCGAUAAUCUCGAGUUCUCCGUCGGCAUCGCCUCCGCGGACUUCGGGAUUGACAACUUCCUCGAGUGCCCAACCUGUGGCUGCGGGUUCGACUGCAACGACCUGCUCAUGCUCCAGAAGGCGGGGGCAGCCACCGCCAGGCUGCGCCUGCGAGGUGCCUUCUAGAAUUCCACUCAUGCAAAUCCAGGAUGGGAUAGUAAGUUCAGGACUCGAUUUUAUGUUUCACCAACUGUUUCAGACAGUUUUAGGAGAGUCAGAGAUUUAAUUAAGAUCUUUCAAAUAUGUAAACUUAUAUUUCUCUAUGGAAAUUGCCUUCUUUCCAUUGA